UACACACCAAGCUCAAGCUGUACGUUGCUGUACACAUGAUGCAAACGAGUUCAUCGUCUCCGCCGCAACCACCGCGGAUGGAGACGGUGGAGGCAGCCAUGGCGGAUCACGAGGAGACGAAGAAGGGCAAGAGCAGGAAGAAAGGUGGCUUCAGAACGAUGCCCUUCAUCUUCGCCAACGAGGUGGCGGAGAAGCUGGCCGUGCUGGGGUUCAGCACAAACAUGCUCAUGUAUCUCACGAAGCAGCUGCACAUGCCGCUCGCCAAGGCCGCCACCACCCUCACCAACUUCGGCGGCGUCUCCGCCAUGACGCCGCUCAUCGGCGCCUUCCUCGCCGACGCCUUCGUCGGCCGCUUCUGGACCAUCGCCGCCGCCUCCCUCGUCUACCAACUGGGCAUGCUCCUGCUGACGGUGUCGGCGGCGCUGCCGGUGUUCCGGCCGCCGCCGUGCAGCGGCGCCGUCGGGGCGAGCGGUGGGGCCGGGGCCGCCGGCGCGGGCGCGUGCGAGGAGGCGGCGCCGUGGCAGCUCGCGGUGCUGUACGUGGCGCUGCUGCUGAACGCGCUCGCCGCCGGCGGGUACCGGCCGUGCAUCGUGGCGUUCGGCGCGGACCAGUUCGACGAGUCGGAGGCGGCGGAGCGGGCGCGCACCUGGGGCUUCUUCAACUGGUACUACUUCUGCAACGGCGCGUCGCAGCUGGUCGCCGUCACGGCGGUGGUGUACGUGCAGGACAACGUCGGCUGGGGGUUGGGGCUCGGCGUGCCGACCUUCUGCAUGGCCGUCUCCGUCGUCGCGUUCGUCGCCGGGUACCCGCUGUACCGGAGGCUGGAGCCGGCGGGGAGCCCGUUCACGCGGCUGGCGCAGGUGGUCGUCGCCGCCGUCAGGAAGCGGCGCGUGCCGAGGGCCGCCGUCGAGGCCGGGACGCUCUACGAGAACGACGACAUGGACGCGCCCAUCUCGCUCUACGGCAAGCUCGUCCACACCGAACAGCUCAGCUUUUUCGACCGAGCGGCCAUCGUCAUCGACGGCGACCUGAAGACGGACGCCAGCGACGGCAAGCCGCCGUCGCCCCCCGUCCCCGACGCGUGGCGGCUGAGCACGGUGCACCGCGUGGAGGAGCUCAAGUCGGUGCUCCGGAUGGGCCCGAUCUGGGCGGCGGGCAUCCUGGUGAUCACGGCGGCGUCGCAGCAGCACACCUUCGCCCUGCAGCAGGCGAGCACCAUGGACCGCCGCCUCGCGCCGGGGCUGUCGUCCUUCCAGAUCCCGGCGGGCUCCAUGACCGUCUUCCACAUGCUCGCCAUGCUGGCCACCCUCCUCGCCUACGACCGCGUGCUCGUCCCGCUGGCCCGCCGCGCCACGGGGCUGGACCGCGGCAUCUCCUACCUCCACCGCAUGGGCGUCGGGUUCGCCGUCACCGUGGCGGCCACCCUCGUCGCGGGCUUCGUGGAGCGCCGCCGGAGGGCCGCCGCCGCCGCCGCGGGCACCACCGACGCCGGCACGGCGCCGCUGUCGGCCUACUGGCUGGUGCCGCAGUACGCGCUCCACGGCGUGGCGGAGGCGUUCAACUCCGUGGGCCACCUCGAGUUCAUGUACGACCAGUCGCCGGAGAGCAUGCGCAGCAUGGCGACGGCGCUCUUCUGGCUGUCCAUCUCGCUGGGGAGCUACGUCAGCACCAUGCUCAUCACCGCCGUCCACCGGUGGAGCGCCGGCGCCGACGGGUCCAACUGGAUCCCCGACAACAUCAACCACGGGAGGCUCGAGUACCUCUACUGGAUCGUCACGCUGCUCCAGCUGCUCAACCUGGUGUACUACGUCAUAUGUGCCAAGUGCUACACGUUCAAGCCCUUGCAGCUCCACGAGGACGACGACGACGAUCACCGCAAGCCCCAAGUUGAGCUGCAAGAAAAGUUGAGCUGCAAGAAAAGGCUGCACCAUUGAGUCAUUGAGCUAGUGAAGAAGAGCAUGGAUGUAAUCUGAGACGAAGGUCUAGCUAGAACAAAGUUAGGUAGAUUUAUCAACCUUGAGGUAUAUAUCACUCAGCAUAUGUAUGUACUGUUGGUUGAUUUAUCGGUUAGCCGAUAUUUAGGAAAGGAUAUAACCACCGUAAUCCUAUCC